AUGUACAAACAAGCAAAUAGACACAGUGAAAAUCAUAAGUAUAACAGGAUUGGCUACAAUUCUUUGUCUUUUUCCAGGUUUACUAUUUGGAACAUCGUUUUUCUCAUAGUCCGCCUGGCAUCCUCGGUGCUGACGGUCAUGACUUUUUGGUAUGGUCUUCGCCAGUCAGAAACGGCUUACAUAGAUAUAACUAGCGGGAACUACAAUACCACUUACGUUCGCUUAAACUGCUUGCUGGCGGUUUUAUCUCUGCAGUUGUUCCAGUUAUGGAACUUCACUAGCUUUCAUAUUGGACGGUUCAAGUGCGUUUUAUAA